UGGUUGUGCAAAAUGGAUGAAGAGGGAGACAUAUAUGACGGUGUAAGAGCUCAGUUUCCUCUUUCGUUCGGAAAGCAAACUAAGUCUCAAACCCCUCUCGAAGCAAUCCACAAUGCUACACGUCGUUCCAACCCCAAUCCCAACCCCAAUCCCAAUUCCAAAUCCAAAACGACCAACCAACUUCCCUCUCUCUCUUCUUCUUCCCGGGAAUGGCUCAAUUCCCUCCGUCCCUCCAAAAACCCUACUCCUCCCCCGGCCGACGACAAUCACGCCCCCAUGGUGGGACCGCCUCCGCCACCGCCCCGAUUCCGUUCUGCCGACGACGAGGAAGAGGACGACGAUGGCGACAUGAUUGGCCCUCCCCCGCCGCCACCGACCGGGGCCGACUCCGAAGACGAAUCGGACGAAGAGGAUGUAGGGAACCGCUUCCGGAUUCCCCUUAGCAACGAGAUUGUGCUCAAAGGCCACACCAAGGUUGUGUCGGCUCUUGCUGUGGAUCACUCUGGAUCUAGAGUGCUUUCUGGAAGCUAUGACUAUACGGUACAUAUGUAUGACUUUCAAGGAAUGAAUGCUCGUUUGCAAUCGUUUCGACAGCUAGAGCCUUUUGAAGGUCAUCAAGUUCGUAAUUUAAGCUGGAGUCCAACUGCCGAUCGAUUUUUGUGCGUGACUGGAUCAGCUCAAGCAAAGAUUUAUGAUCGUGAUGGGCUUACUUUGGGAGAGUUUGUGAAGGGAGACAUGUAUAUUCGUGAUCUAAAGAAUACCAAGGGCCACAUAUCUGGAUUAACAUGUGGAGAGUGGCAUCCAAAAGCUAAAGAGACCAUUUUAACAUCGUCAGAGGAUGGUUCACUACGCAUAUGGGAUGUAAAUGAUUUCAAAAGUCAGAAGCAGGUCAUUAAACCAAAGCUUGCAAGACCUGGAAGGGUUCCUGUGACUACAUGUGCAUGGGACCGUGAUGGUAAAUGCAUUGCUGGUGGUAUAGGAGAUGGUUCUAUACAGAUUUGGAAUAUUAAGCCUGGAUGGGGGAGUAGGCCAGAUAUACAUAUUGAAAAAGGUCAUGAGGAUGAUAUUUCUGGUAUGAAGUUUUCUAGUGAUGGGAGAAUCUUAUUGUCAAGGAGUUUUGAUGGUUCAUUGAAGGUUUGGGAUCUCCGUAAAACAAAGGAAUCAUUGAAGGUAUUUGAGGACCUGCCAAAUCACUAUGGACAAACAAAUAUUGCCUUCAGUCCUGAUGAGCAACUCUUCUUGACUGGAACAUCUGUGGAAAGGGAGAGCUCGACUGGAGGUUUAUUGUGUUUUUUUGAUAGAGCAAACCUUGAGCUUGUUUCAAGAGUUGGCAUAUCCCCAACUUGUAGUGUUGUUCAGUGUUCUUGGCAUCCUAAACUGAAUCAGAUCUUUGCAACUGUUGGUGAUAAAAGCCAAGGAGGGACUCACAUACUAUAUGAUCCAACCCUAAGUGAGAGAGGAGCUCUUGUAUGUGUUGCUCGUGCACCAAGGAAAAAAUCAAUUGAUGACUUUGAGGCAAAACCUGUAAUUCACAAUCCUCAUGCUUUACCACUAUUUAGAGAUCAGCCUAGCCGCAAGCGUCAGAGAGAGAAAAUACUAAAGGAUCCACUGAAGUCCCAUAAGCCUGAACUGCCCAUUACUGGUCCUGGCUUUGGUGGACGAGUUGGUGCAAGUCAAGGAAGCUUACUGACCCAGUAUCUUCUAAAGCAAGGAGGUAUGAUCAAGGAAACAUGGAUGGAGGAAGAUCCAAGGGAAGCUAUCCUGAAAUAUGCUGAUGCUGCAGCAAAGGAUCCAAAGUUCAUUGCUCCAGCAUAUGCAGAAACCCAACCUGAGCCAGUUUUUGCUAAGUCAGAUUCUGAGGAUGAAGAGAAAUGAUGAAGUUGUAGUUGCUAGUAUCACAAGAUGGUUAACACACGGAACUGUAGGCAAGAGUGUGCUUUAUCACUACCAGUGGGGGGCAUUCCCAGCGUGGGACUGCCCACCUUCCCGGCAAAGGUUCAUUAAUGCACCCAGAAUGAUGUUCAAAUUAUUAGCUCUCCAAUGUCUGUACAUUUAUGUGUAAAAUUGAAUUUUGAAGACUAUUACAUAUGAUAAUUUGGCAUGGCAUCAUAGCGCCACGGGGGUGAAGCGUUGGCAUCGGAAACAAUCUUUACAACACAAGUUUCAAAUGCUAUACAGUGUAUUUUAGUUGUAAUUUUUGCGCUGGAUUUACGUUUAAACGCGCACACACGAUGUGAAUGGUUGUCAUCCGCCUGAAGAUUUGUUUUACAGUUGGCAAUUGUUAAACAGAUAGUUAAGUGCACGGCGAAUCAUGAGAUAUGACUCAUCUUAUCCGAGUUUUCAUUGCUUCAAACAUCUUGACCUAAAAUUUUAAAAAUUCUCCCAAGGUUUUAGUCCUUGACCAAGGUAUUAUUACUAGUAAGCUUAAUCCAGUACUCAAUCCUGGUUUAAUAAGAUUCUCUUCAAGUC